AUCCUGAUGAAGCAGAUGAGCUUGAGUCAUUGCUUUGUAUGAUCCUUUGAACACACAAACCGACCUAUAAAUUCUCUCAUUUGCUGGGAGAUUUUCACUUUCAACUUUUCACCAACUUCUGGAUUCCGACACAGUCUUUCUAAUCAAGUUGCUGUGGAUGUGGUCCAUAAUGGGGGUGCCUGGCGGUUUGUUGUUGCUCCUAAUUUUUCAGAGCUUUUCAGAAGGCCUUUCAGUGACAUAUGUCUCCAGCUGUGAUUCAUGUCAUGACAAAGCAACCUGCCGGGAGUCACGAGAAAUAGGUGACUCUUUCACCACCCAACGGCACUCUUGUGUCUGUAAAGAUGGCUUUGUAGGCGAUGGUCUUAGCUGUUACAAUACAAAACUCUGCAGUAACUCCUCUUGCUGUAGCCAAGGUUAUCACUGGUCACCAAACAGCGGCUGUGUGGACACUGACGAGUGCUCCCUACCAAACUCACCCUGCAUAGCACCUCAAGUUUGUCAAAACACCCAGGGCUCCUUUGAAUGCCUGGGGCCUUCCUCCAGAACCAGAUCAGGUCGCUCUUUCCAAUCUGUCUAUUUCAACUGUGGAAACACAGUUUGUCCUUUAGGCAUGGACUGCAUCAGUAAUAAUGGGGUUGAGCGCUGUGCUGACCCCUGCGAGUACUAUACAAGACUGAAUGAUGACUGGCGUGCAACGAACAACACAUCAAAUCAGAAUAUCCGCUGUGACCAAAAUGUCAACUGGGUAGGCUGGUAUCGCAUUUUUCUGGGGCAAACCAGUGCUCAAAUUCCAGAGAGGUGUGUGGGUGAAAACAAAUGUGGAACCCAUGCUGGUAUGUGGAUAACCGAACCGAAUCCCACACAGUCAGGUGAAAUUGUCAUGCGCACUGUGUGUAAUGCCUGGGCGGGCAGCUGCUGCUAUUUUACCACACACACCAUCCAUGCCAAGCUCUGCUAUGGAAACUACUAUGUUUACAAACUUGUGAGGCCAUCCACAUGUCACCUGGCAUACUGUGCAGAGGUGAACAGAAACAGCCCUACAGUGUUACCAACCACUCCUCGUCGACCACCUCAGGACCUCACCACCAGUCAACCUACAGUGUUACCAACCACUCCUCGUCAACCAACUCAGACCCUCACCACCGGUCAAGUGCAAACUACAAGAACAACUGUUCACCCACUACAGCCUUCUCAGUUUAUUUGUGACCGAGAUAAACUCCAAGUGGGGCUGGAUUUGGCUCGCCUUACAUCCUCUGGUUUGAACCCAUUCUCUGGCAAUCUGGCAUCCUACAACUGCUCCUGGGUCAGAGUGCAGGAUGGUUUAGUGUGGUAUGAAGUGGAAGCAACAGCAGGUGCCUGUGGAAACACAUUGAGGACCAACCGCACACAUGCCGUCUACUCCAAUGUUUUAUUCAUCUACCCAAUGAACAACACGUCCUUCAUCAUUCCUGUGAGUCUUCCCUUCUCCUGCGUGUACCCCCUGGACACAAACACCAGCCUCAAUGUGGCUAUCAGACCAUUUCUGGCGCUGGCAGGUGGCAUUUCAGGCAUAGGUACCAAAGCCAGAGCCUCCAUGUCUCUGUUUCGCUACUCCAACUACACCGAGACUUAUCCAGCAGGCCGGGUCACCCUGCCAGUGGGCUCGCCAUUGUAUGUGGGCGUCUCUGUGGCGGAGAGAGAUUUAAGCUUUGCAGUUGUUCUGGAGGACUGCUACGCCACUCCCUCAUCAAACCCUGACGAUUCCAUGCAACACCCUCUCAUCCAGAACAAAUGUCCCAUUGACCGCAAAAAAGUGUCAGUGAUUGAGAGCGGCUCAUCCCUCCGGGCUCGUUUCUCUGCCUUGUUCUUCCUGCUCCUCAAUGACUACAGUGACGUUUACCUUCAUUGCAGCCUCAGCCUGUGCGAAAGGAGAAGCUUCUCUUGUGUUCCUCCUUGCACAAGUAGGAGCGCUCGCUCUGUUUCCAACUCUGAUCGUCUGAGUACCCUCAGCAUUGGACCAAUCAUGUGGGACAAGUCACCUGAGUGAGCUGGUAACUGAUGUUAUUUUGUUUUUAAGAUAUGUUUUGUUCAUAAGACAUACGAUUAUAAAAACUGGUGUUUUUAAUUCUAAAAACUUUGUUAAGGUUGGGUUAUUGAAAAAGGUUAUAAUGAAGGUGAAGGUACCAAUACUUUUCUUUUUCUCUGUGUGAAUUACCACUACAGCCCUGAUGAAACUGUAUUUCAUGUAAACGACUAUGUCUAUUUUUAAAUGCAUUGAUUAUUGUUUAGAUCCAAUGACAAAUUUUUCAUAUUGUGGUGUAAACUGUGCAACUGAUAAGUGUGUAUGUGGCAUAAAAUAACUCUGUACCUGGAUAAUGGAAUAUGCAGUAGUUCACAAAUAAAAUGAAACCAUGGCACAUUA